AUAACAACUAAUGUAUUCAUUAACUAAAACAUUAUUAGCGAUUAGUUUAUUAGUUAUUAACAGACAACGAGAUAAUGACUUACUUGUCCAGCGAAACACUUUUCAACACAAUUAUGACUAUAUAGUGGUCGGCGCCGGUAGUGCCGGCUCUGUAGUAGCCUCGAGGCUAACAGAGAAUCCCGAUAUCAGUGUACUAUUGGUUGAGGCCGGCGGUGCCGCACCCGUAGUGUCCGAUAUGCCAGCAAUGACUCCAACAUUAUGGGGUUCGGACAUCGAUUGGCGGAUACCUAUUACACCACAGAAACACUCGCACCGGGCAUUUACCGGUCAGUCGGCUAAACUAAGUCAGGGCAAAGUGAUAGGUGGCUCCAGUAUUAUCAAUGCCAUGGCCUACGCACGAGGAUUCGUCAAAGAUUACGACGAUUGGGAACUGGAGUUCGGGGCAAACGGCUGGAAUUGGACUCAAGUUUUGCCAUAUUUUAAGAGAUCUGAAAACAAUACAAAUCAUUCAUUAAACCGAAAAUAUCACGGCUUUGAUGGACUGCUAAGUGUGACCAGUAUUGAUGAGCCGCGACCUAUCAAUAAGUUGACGAUUAGUGCGGCUCAAGAGCUCGGCUACAAUGUAAUUGAUUUUAAUGAUCCCAACACUGAGGAAGGGGUAGCCAUACAGCAGAUGACUCUCAAAGACGGGUCUCGGUUUUCAUCAGCAAAAGCAUUUCUAUGGCCUGCAAGGGAUCGGCCAAACCUGCAUAUUAUGGCCAAAAGUUUGGUUACGAAAAUCAAUUUUGAUGACAAUCGACGGGCUAUUUCGGUGGACAUACUUAGUAAUGAAAAUAAACACUUGAAGAUUAGCGCCCGACAUGAAAUCAUUGUAUGCGCCGGUGCUCUCAACACACCAAAACUACUGAUGCUUUCGGGUAUCGGUUUUAAACAACAUCUUAUUGAUCAUCAAAUACCUGUAGUAUCUGAUCUGCCGGUCGGUGAUAACUUUCACGACACUCCCGUCACAUUUGGCGUACAUUUUAGAGUUAAUCAAAGUCUACAAUCACCUGAUCUGUUACAAAGUGAUGUUUCUGACUAUUUUCUCAAAGGAAAGGGAAGGUUAACACAGUUUGAAAAAGCAGCCAUCAGAAUGAAGACAUCAGCAGCGAUAGAUGACAGACCAGAUAUGCAGAUAUUUGUCGAAACUGGCAGUUGGGCUAACUUUCCCGAUGCCGAUAGCGCUGCAAAAGCACUGAAUAUAAAACCUGAAAUCUGGAAUCAAUAUUAUCGUCCAUAUAGUGGACAGUCGACCAUAACUUUCAUUCUGUUACUUAAUCGGCCACUCAGUCGGGGAACAGUUCGACUGAAAAGUAAUGAUUUUUAUGACAACCCUAUUGUGAAUCCUAACUAUUAUGAUAAUAAACAGGAUAUUCAAUCAAUGGUUGAGGGUAUAAAAAUUGCCUGGAAUUUAGGUCACACCAAAUUGUUUAGAGAUUCAUUAGAUGCCAAACCAUUUGUCAGUCCAUUACCGGGAUGUCCGGCUAUAACAGAUUCGGUUAAUAAAACUGAUGGCAAACAUUUAAUGCCUAAUAACGAGUAUUUUGAAUGUUUAGCUAAAACUUUGACCAUAACGUACACACAUUUGGCCGGCACUUGUCGUAUGGGUGCCGACACUGAUCCGGCAGCUGUAGUCACUAAUCGACUAAAGGUUCGCAAUGUUACCGGUCUUCGUGUCGUUGACUCAUCUGUCGCACCACAAGUACCUUCCGGUGCUUUCUAUUCAUCCGUACUUAUGAUAGCCGAUAGAGGCUCUGAUCUGAUCCUUGAAGACUAUAAUAAUUCAAGU